AUGAAAGGCAAAAGCAACAAAGGCAAAAAGUUGGCAGAGAAGGAUGAGCUUCCAUCAGACGACGAGAUCGAAAAAUUCCACAAGCUCAAGGAUAAGAUGAGCCUCAACCCAUCAGACGAUGAUAGCAGCGCCGAGGAGGAAGGCAAUUCGGAGGAGGAGGCUGUGUACAAUCUGAGUGAGGAAAGUGAGGACGAUGACGAAGAAGAAGACGAGGAUGACGAGGAUGCUACAGGACGCCUUGCGGAACGUGCAGUCAAGAAGCAGGAGAAGCGGCUGCGGGCUAAGCUGCAGCUGCAGCAAGGCGAAGACGAGGACCUGGAUGAUCAGGAUGAGGAGGCAGAGGAGGAUGAGAGGCUGUGGGGCGCCAAGAAGAGAGCCUACUACGAUGCUGACGAACAGACGGAUGAUGAGGAUGCUCUGAGGGAUGAGGGCGAGGAGGCGCUGCGGCUGCAGAGGCAGGCGGCAGAAGCCCUGCAGGCCGAGGACUUUGAGCAGGUCAGCGAGCCAGAGACCAGCGACGAAGAGGAGGAAGAUGACGGCAUCGAGACCCUCGGCAAGAUGGCGGCCAAUGGGGCGCAGAGGGGCGCGGUGCAGGUGGAGGAGGUGGAGAAGGAUUUGGGGGCGCUGACGACGGAGCAGCAGCGCGCGGCGGUGAUGGCCGACGCGCCCGAGCUGGCAGCGCUGCUGGCCGACCUGCAGUCCAGCCUCGCCGAAGUGCGCAGCCGCGUCGGGCCCCUGCUCAAGGAGGUGAGGGCGGGGCAACUGGCGACGGUGGAGGGUGUCUCCUAUCUGGAGGCCAAGCACCUGCUGCUGCUGCACUACUGCAUCCACCUGGUCUUCUACUUCCUGCUCAAGGCGGAGGGACGCCCCGUGGCGGACCACCCCGUCAUCGGCCGCCUCGUGGAGAUCCGCGCCUUCCUCGACCGCGCGCGGCCCAUCGACAAGCGCCUCCGCUACCAGAUGGACAAGCUCCUCGCCGCCGCCUCCGCCAUCCAGUCCACAAAGGAUGCCGGCGAGGAUAAGGGGGCGGAGGACGACCCGCUGCGCUACGGACCGCGUCCGGAGGACCUCGUGCCGCGCGUCGGCGCCGCAGGCGCCGCGGCCGGCGACGGUGUCUACCGGCCGCCCAAGCUCAACCCCGCAGCCAUGCAGGAGGACCCGGACAAGAACUAUGGGCGCAAGGAGCGCAGGCGCGCGGAGGAGAUCAACCGGCGCGCGGCUCGCAGCGAGCUCUUUCAGGAGCUCGUGCAGGAGGUGGAGGGCGCCCCAGAGGAGCUGCGGGCGUCGGUGCUGCCGGGAGAGGACACGGCGGCGAUGAAGCGGCAGAGGGCGCAUCUGAGCGCGCGUGCAGCGGUAGAGGAGGACAUGAUGCAGCGCGUGCAGCUGAGCAAGGAGGAGCGCCGGCGGCUGAAGGGCGCGCGCCGAUCCGCGCUCUCCGGCGGCGCCAUGCUCGAUGACCUCGCCGACGACGUCGCCGGCAUCGCGGCGGAUGGCAUUGAUCCCGCCUUCCAGAGCGCGCGCGUUUCGCAGAAGUUCGGCGCUGACCUGUCGGCCGCCGCCGGUCGCAGCGUGCGAUCCGGGGACGCUGACCUGCCUGUCAAGGCCCCGCUGCACGAGCGCCGCGCCCGCCUGGACACUACUCCUUAUGCUGAGGUUCCCAUGUCAUUUGUGAAGGUGCGGGCCAAGCAAGCGGCGACCAGGGACAUGGACAUGGAUGAGGACGAUGACAUGCCGGCAGAGUUCGUGAGUGGCGGUGCCGCCAAGAAGCGCGGGCGCCAGGAGGAGGAUGUCGACGAAGAUGAAGAUGACGGCUUCUAUGCGCAGGCCGCCGCCGCUGCGCAGCAAAAGAAGGCGGCGCGCAAGGACAAGUAUGCGGCCGCGGCGUCAUUCCCGCCACUGCCGGAUGAGACUGUGGAGGGCGCUCGCCCCAUCAAUCGCAGCGUGGAGAAGAACCGCGGCCUCACGCCCCACAGGCGCAAGGACAUCAAGAACCCGCGCGUCAGGCAGAAGAAGCGGUUCGACAAGAAGAGCAAGGCGCGGCGUGGGCAGGUGCAGGAGGGCCGCGCGCAGGUGGGCUCCUACGGCGGAGAGGCCACCGGCAUCAAGGCAGGCGUCUCCAAGAGCCGGCGCUUCUGA